GUGAGAGUUGGCGGCGCUGCGUUUCUGCGGGCGCUUCUCUGAGUCCGUGCCAGUUUAUGUCUCUCUCCAGUGUAUUUAUAUUUCUCCCUUGGUUUUUCCCUUGCUUUGCAGGUUCUGGGGACGCGGUCCCACCACCGGUCUACGGGCGAGUUUCUGGAGGCGAAGGGGGACUGCGGUGGGGGUGUUCGCAGGAGACGGUGCCCGUGACAUUUCGCUUCCUUGCGGGGCUGGAGGGCGGAUCGGUGCCCUGCCGUUGGGUGCCGGGCAGCAAGAAACCUCGAUGGCACGCCAAGCUGCUCGUCCGUUGUCAUAAACAGUCGAGGGCACUUCUAUUGGAGUUUGUGGCAAUGAAAAUUUGAAGUGCUACUUGGAUUUGCACUAACUAGUGAAAGUCAACGAAUAUCUACUUUGGAGACCUUUUAACAAGAGGUUUUCAAGAACCACGAAGAAAAUGCUGACUCAAAACAUUUAAAUGUCAAAGGAAUUAAAAGUGGAGAUACCUUGUAGUCUAAUUGGAUUUCUCAAGAUGAGUGGGACCUCUGCUGUCCUUUGUCUUUAUCUUUUUUAUGGAUUAAUGCAAGAGGCAGAAACAUCUAUCCCAAACUGUAUUCCCAGAAAAACAGUAAAAUACCAAAAUGGAAACAUCAAAACUUUUAUGAAACAUAGAUUGUCCAAUUUUUCCACUCUCUUGGUGAAUGAAGAAACUGGUACCUUAUUUGUGGGAGCCAGAGAUGCUGUAUUGGCUCUUGAUUUAGAGGACAUCUCCAUAGAGAAAGCCAGCGUGUACUGGUUCAGUUCACAAGAUAGACAGCAGGAUUGCAUUCACAGAGGAAAGGGCAAAGGGGAAUGGGAAAACUACAUCCUCCUCCUCCAUAAGAUAAAUGAUACCAACCUAUAUGUUUGUGGAACCAAUGCAUUUCACCCAGCUUGUGAUUACAUGGUAUUCAACAGUACAGAUGCUCACCUGCAAGGGAAAGCUGAAGACAGCAAAGGAAAGUGUCCUUUUGAACCAACUCUGAAGUAUGCUUCUCUACUAGUCGAUGGUGAAUUAUAUUCAGCUACUUCAAACAAUUUCUUGGGUACUGAGCCUAUCAUACGACGCAGUUUGAGAAAUCAUUUGCGGACAGACUUUAAAACGUCAUGGCUAAAUGAGCCCAGUUUUGUCCAUAUGGAUAUAGUGAAGGAAAGUGAAUCAAAUCCAGAUGGAGAUGAUGAUAAAAUGUAUGUGUUCUUCACUGAAACUGCUGUUGAAUUUGAAUUCUACGACAAGCCUCUUGUGUCAAGAAUUGCUCGUGUUUGCAAGGGUGAUCUUGGAGGAAAACGCAUAUUACAAAAAAGAUGGACAACAUUUUUAAAAUCCAGACUUGUCUGUUCUGUUCCAGAAUUAAAUUUCCAGUUUAAUAUUCUUCAGGAUGUCUUUUUACUUAAGACAGCAGGCUGGCAAGAAACAAUUUUUUAUGGGAUAUUUACUCAACAAUGGGGAAGACUGGACAUUUCGUCCGUGUGUGCGUACAGUAUGGAAACAAUUCAGGAAGUUUUCUCCAAAGGAAACUACAAAGGACCAGUAACUAUGGAGCAUUCCCAUGUCAAAUGGGUGGUGUACGGGGGUGAAGUGCCAAUUCCGCGUCCUGGGGCUUGUAUUGAUAAUUUCGCCCGAAGUUUUGGAUACAACAUUUCACUUGAUUUGCCCGACAAGAUUCUGCAGUUUGCUAGAGACCACCCGCUAAUGGAUAAUGUUGUAAACCCAGUUGGUAACUGGCCAGUGCUACUGAAAAGAGGUUCAAAUUAUACCAGGAUUGUAGUAGAAAGAAUCGUUGGCCUAGAUAAAAAAGCAUACAACGUUAUGUUUAUAGGAACAGAUAAUGGAUAUUUGCAUAAAGGUCUUAACUGCAAUGGAGAGAUGUUCAUUGUGGAAGAGAGACAGCUGUUUCGGUCUCCUGAACCUGUACAGUCUCUCAAGCUCUCUUCCAGGAAGGGCCUGCUGUACGUGGGGUCUCCAUCCCAAGUGGUUCAGGUUCCAGUUUCACUCUGCCACCAGUAUCAACAUUGCUUGGAUUGUGUGUUGGCGAGGGAUCCCUACUGUGCGUGGUCUCAGGCUUCUGCUGCUUGUGUUCCUGUGGCUAAGCAGAUUGGUGACAUGCAGAAUUUAAUCCAGAGCAUUAAAUAUGGGGAUGUUUCCAAAUGUCCUAGUUUAGGUACGUGA